GUCGCUCCCACUCCCAUUGUAGGCAGCGCACACGAGUCCGUCUGAUCUCCGUCUCCAACACAUCACCACUCGAUAACCCCAGCGCAGGGAGAGGGGAGAAAGAGAGAUCGCCGGAGGGACAUGGCGACCGAGAUCGAGGGCUACUACCGAGGACGCGGCACCUACGUUGUGUCGUUCGACGGGGACCACCUCUUCGACGCAACGCUCACCAAGUCCGGCGGCGUGGUGGAGUCGUGGCUGGACGAGACGUACCGCAUCCACCGCCGCUGCCGCCACCCGCUCGUCGUCGGCCUCGACGUGGAGUGGCGCCCAGCCCGCGAGCCGGGCCCCGUUGCGGUGCUGCAGCUCUGCGUCGACCGCCGCUGCCUCGUCUUCCAAAUACUCCGCGCCGACUACGUCCCCGACGCGCUGGCCGACUUCCUCGCCGACCGCCGGUUCUCAUUCGUCGGGGUCGGGAUCCGCGACGACGCGGCCAGGCUGCGGGACGGGUACGGGCUGGAGGUGCCGCACGCGGUGGACCUGCGCCGCCUCGCCGCGCGCGCGCUCGGGAGGCCCGAGCUGCGCCGCGCGGGGCUGGCGGCGCUGGUGCGGGAGGUGAUGGGCGUGCGGAUGGAGAAGCCGCACCACGUGCGCGUCAGCGCCUGGGACAAGCGCAUGCUGACGGAGGACCAGUUCAAGUACGCCUGCGCCGACGCGUUCGUGUCCAUGGAGGUCGCCUGGAGGUGUGGUAUUCUGCUGGGGAGCACGUAAAUUUCCUGCUUUAACUAUCUGGAAGCCGCUGCCGCUUUUGUGUUGAUCGUAGUAGUCAUCUUGUUGCGUGGAUUCCAUGGAUGGCAUCUGAAGUCUGAACGAGUGAACGUGAAUAUUGGCAA